AAACUUUGUCAUUCCCUCGACACCAUCCAACGGCGGAAGGUGUGCAUAGCCAGAAAAGAUAGAAUCCGAAAGGCUUGCGGUGGUGAAGCAUCUCGCGUGAUCCAGAGACUCACCUUCUCAAGGAUAAACGAGGGAAAAAGUCGGUGAUCAAGAUUUAUUGUUGUACGGAAAGACACACCGAUUCAUUCGCCAUGUAUAAGAUUGGAUUAGCGGUAUUCGUUUUAGCCCUCACUUUGGUACGUUCCGAACCACCGGUCAACUCGUAUCUGCCACCUAGCGGAGGUGGUCCCGGGAAUGGUAAUGGCGGAGGAGGCGGAGGACCGUCCAACGUAUACGGACCACCUGGUUUCGACGGGCAGAAUGGGAUUGGAGGAAGCGAUAACGGUCGAAAUGGUCUAUCCAACAGUUACGGAGUACCUACUGGUGGAAAUGGUUACAACGGCGAUAGUUCUGGUAAUGGAAGACCUGGCACAAACGGCGGAAGAAAUGGGAAUGGUAGAGGAAAUGGUUUCGGUGGUGGUCAACCUUCCAAUUCUUAUGGGCCUCCAUCGAAUGGACAUGGUGGAAAUGGAGCAGGAAGACCAUCUAGCAGUUAUGGAGCACCUGGUGGAGGAAAUGGAUUCACCAGUGGAAGCAAUGGGAAAAAUGGAUUCGGUAACGGUCCAUCGAACAGUUACGGUCCUCCGGAAAAUGGAAAUGGUUUUAAUGGUGGAAAUGGAGGUCCGUCCGGCCUCUAUGGGCCACCAGGAAGAAACGGUGGAAACGGUGGAAAUGGUGGAAAUGGACGACCAUCGGGAAGCUAUGGUACCCCUGAAAGAAACGGAGGAAGACUUGGGGGACUUUAUGGGGCACCGAGCAGAAAUGGAAAUAAUGGUGGUAAUGGUGGAUAUCCUUCUGGAGGAUUAAACGGUGGCAAUGGUGGAUAUCCUUCGGGAGGACCAGGAAAUGGUGGUGCUAAUGGUGGUUAUCCUUCUGGAGGCUCAAACGGAGACAAUGGUGGUUAUCCAUCCGGUGCUCCAAAUGGUAAUGGUGAUGGUAAUGGAGCAGGUUAUGGACAAGAUGAAAAUAACGAACCUGCGAAAUACGAAUUCUCUUAUGAAGUGAAAGACGAGCAAUCUGGAGCUGAUUAUGGCCAUACGGAAAGCAGAGAUGGAGAUCGUGCACAGGGGGAGUUCAAUGUUCUGCUUCCCGAUGGUAGGAAACAAAUCGUUGAAUAUGAAGCUGAUCAAGAUGGAUUUAAACCUCAAAUUAGAUACGAAGGUGAAGCAAAUUCUCAAGGAUAUGGAUCUGGAGGUAAUGGUGGAGAUAAUGGAUAUCCAACUGGUGGACCAGGAGGUAAUGGUUAUUCAUCGGGAAGGCCAAACGGUGGAUCUGACUUUAGUGAUGGAGGAUAUCCAUCCACAAGACCAAAUGGCGAGAAUGGUGGAUACAGAAACGGAAACAAUGGUGGCAAUGGUAAUGGAGGAUAUCCAUCUGGAAAUGGUGGCGAUGCCGCAGCUAAUGGAGGAUACCAAUAUUAAAUAUUUAUCUAGGUGUAACAACAUAUAUUGCGCGUAUUACAAAAAGGGAAUACAUGGGGCAACGUUUAUUAUAACGCACAGAAUAGUUUCUGUCUGGAACGGUGGAAACACAGUUGUAUUGGGAACGAUAAUAAUUUUAGGCGAAUCGAAUUUUUAUAUCGAUGUCUAAUGUAUUUGAUCGUUUUAGGAUAUUUUCAAUUGAACGACGAUAGAAAUAAAAAAAAUCAUUCGUUUAAUAUUGAAAACGAAUAUUUUAAUGCUUCGUUUGUUUCAGACGCAGUAUCUUUCCUAGUAUAAAAUUAUUCGUACGAUAUACAUAAAGACCUCGAAGUUAAUGCUCUUACAAUUAAAAAUAAACGAUAUUGUUUAGAUAUUAUUUGCGUACAAUUUCGCGAUAUAUAUAUUUAUAACGGAAUAUAUAUAAAUAAUGGUAAUAAUACUAACAAAAUCGUUUAUUCGAUUUAGCAAAUAUAAAUUUUUUUCUUUUUUUUUUUUCUUUUGAUAUAUACGAUAAAACUCAUACAGUAAAUUAAUUUAUUAGCAUUAUGUUAACAUUUGCAAUUUAAUUAUAAUAUUUUUGUUCUUUGAAAGAAUAUUCGAAAUAAGCAUUUGUCCUUGAAUAUUCCAUGAUUUAUCUAUAACUUUAUAACCGUUACCAGAUAUAUGCUAAUCUUUAAUGUUUGUUAAGAUAUAUUUUAUAUUUAUUAUUAUUUAUCAUACUAUAUGUAUAUUUAGCAAUGUUUAAAAUGUAGCUGUAGUAAGAAAUAUCCGCAUAAAUAAAAAUUGCGGUAGGCCAUAAUGUGUUCAGUCUUUUACUUACACCUUUCAUGCUAUUGUAAACGUAAAAUUUAUAAGUAUACGAUUAAUUUUAAAUGUCUAAAUGCUUAUAAAAUUAUUCAUAUAUGCGAAUGAAUAAUGAUAAUAAUUUUAUAUUAAUCGCUUAUUUGUAAUAUAAUUAUCAUAUUGAUAAA